AUGGCUGACUUCAAUGCCGAAAUGUUCCUGGGACGUCCGGUCGGCUUUUGGAUACUCUUCAAUGAUAUCACCAUCGUGGACCAGGCGAUCCAGAGGGGCACGGUUCUACUUUCUUCCAUGCUGGCCUCCUGGCAGCGCCUGUAUGCUGUACGGACGUUCGUGUUCCCGGCACUGAACUUCAUGAUGCGAUACGGCAACCUCGGCAAGGACGAUUGGCACCGCCUCGACGUUGUUCUGCGUCCCCUCCUGAAGAAGACGUUAUAUCUCCCGGCAAAUGCGUCGAACGAGUACAUUUACGGCAGUCCUCACUUGGGGGCGGCGGCAAUACCACUUGCUACCGAGCUGAGCGACAUCUGCGGUGUCGACAACGCGUUUAAGCUACUAACUUCCGGCGACCUCGAGCUGCGCGACAUGGCGUCCGAGGGCCUGCGUGAGGUGGUCUCGAAGCGUCUUCAUCAGCUGGCGGAGCGACCAGACGUGGAAGACUACCUCAGCGGCUAUACCGAGGGAGAUUUUAAGGCGCGUGCGUCGCAACUUCGCUCGAUAUGGACCGAGGCAUGGAAGGCUUCACGCCGCCUGGAUGUAUACACUGGGAGCUCCACCCGGACAGAGUUCGGUUCACCUGCGGUGAUCACGCUCUCAACCCUAAACACCACAGGCAAGGUCCUGCAGUGCGUGGCCGCCGAUCCCGCCAGUUCGCACUUUAUGCACUCCGGUUCUUUCACCCAGUUUGCGGACUGGCGGAUCAUCCACAAGGUCAUGCUCAGUCUCCUUCCACUUAACGGAGCCUGCAUGUGGGUGAUGGCUGAACGCGAUCAGCGAUGCAGGGUGUGCGGUUAUGCCAGGGAGACCCUGCCGCACGUCCUGAGUCACUGUAUGCCUCAGAGUGCGCAGUACACGGCCCGACACAACCACAUCGUGGCGCGUAUACGUACUGCGUGCCGGGGUUGGUUUAGCAUCAUCAUCUACGACAACCGGCCAACCGGAGACACCAACCUUCACCCUGACAUCGCCCUGGAGCUUGGCGAGGAGACAGUCAGCAUUGAUGCCUGUUGUCCUUUCGACAACCGCCUGCAGGCUUUCACCGAGGCACGCCGGGUCAAAGUCGCUAAGUACAAGCCCGUACGUCUACAUCUGGCACGGCGAUAUCAGCACAUGACAGUACAUGUACACACAGUUAUCGUAGGUGCAUUGGGCUACUGA